AGAAAAGCUCUACAUAUUGUUGAACAGCUUUUAGAAGAGAAUAUUACAGAAGAGUUCCUAAUGGAGUGUGGGAAGUUCAUUACACCUGCUCACUACAGCGAUGUCGUGGAUGAACGUUCUAUUGUCAAACUCUGUGGUUAUCCUUUAUGUCAGAAGAAGCUGGGAAUUGUACCAAAACAGAAAUAUAAAAUUUCUACCAAGACCAAUAAAGUCUAUGAUAUUACUGAAAGAAAGUCUUUUUGCAGCAAUUUUUGUUACCAAGCAUCUAAGUUUUUUGAAGCACAAAUUCCCAAAACUCCAGUAUGGGUUCGAGAAGAAGAGAGCACGUGUGAUGGCACACACCUCUGCCUGCCAAUCCAAUCCUGUGUGGUUUAGGAUAUGGAAAACGUGACACUGUGGCCCUUGAUAAUUGGGUUAAACGUAAUGAAGACUAAAUUGUUCAUCAUUUCACCACCAGCCUGUCAGCUUUCUUGUUGGGAAAAUAAAAGAUUGGCAUUGUUCAACAUGACUGGGAAGCUAAGAGUAUUUUUUACUUAUUCUUUUUCUCCUUUCUUAAUAUUUCUGUCACUAGAGCUACCCAUUACUUCCCCAGUCCUCUGAGAGCAACAUAUUUUAUUCCCCACUGAAACCAGUGUUUCCUCAAGUUAUCCUUAACUUUUCUUCCAAAGAGAUUUUCUCUACAUCUUAAAUUUAACCCUUUGUGCCAUCCUCAUUAUCUACCUCAACUGCUUCAAAACCACUUACCAAACUACCUUUCCUGCCAUCUCUGUUUUCUUCAAGCAUAGGUAUUGGUACUUCCUUUAGCUAAUUUAAACAAGUCUUCCAGCCUGGUGUAGUGGUUCAUGCCUGUAAUCUCAACACUUUGGGAGGUCA